AUGGAAGCGUCGCUGGUGACUGCAUUGACUGAGGAGGAGCAAGCGGAAUGGCAACGCCUGAUGCUGGCUGUCACCUACAAGGAGGCCAUUGAUAAGCUCAUGCUGUUGCAGCGCUCACACCGUUUGAAUAUGCAAAAGCCGAACCCGCGUAAAAAUCGCACACGCAGCUCCUCCAUUGGGCAGCCGGCGUUGUCUGAGCGAGUUCUGCUCACGGGCAAAAAGCUGCCCAGGUUGGAGUCGCUGCUAGGCGACACGGAUCAGGAGCCCGACACGGUGGACGAGUGUGUGCUAAAUGCCCUGAAAUAUGAAAAUGAUAUAGAUGCAUUGCGCUCAUUUUUCACAGCUGCUAACCAACAGCUCUACAUGACCAAAGAGGAGCUGGAAAGUGAAAAUCCAAGUCGCCUGGAGCUCGCCAUUGGCGCACUAAGCGGAAGUAAUAGCGAAGAGUCUGUGGCACUCAAUCAGCUACAGCAAUCCAAAGACGAGAUAAAGCAACUGCAAGCGCAACUGGAGCAGGUCCAGAUUGACGGUGUGGCCCAGCUGCGGCAGUUGGAGGAGCGCACUGCCGAUGCCAAGUAUAAUUUAAAGUGUGUUUCGCGCGUUAACGAUCUGGAGUACAGCCUGGUAGAGCGCUGGGAGGCGGCACGCGUGACUCAGGCAAAGAUUUGGGGCGAAAAUGCCGAGCGGGCUUAUUUGCGCGACAUACUCGACUACAAGCAGCGUCUGAAACAUGAGGAGCGCGUCAGCCAGGAGCUUGCCGCCUUUCGCAAUCGGGAGCUGGCCGACCUGAAGGAACGGAUUGCAUAUUGGCAGCAGCGCUAUGUUAGCGAGCUACGGCGCGUCGAACGUGAAUCGGAGGCAUGGGAGCUGCGCAUUCUGGAGCAGAGCAAAUCUCUAGCGCAUCACCGCGAGCUGAACGCGCAGCAUUUGGAGUUUGUGCGUGAGUAUUCCGCCAAGAAGCAGGAGGAGCAGCGCCUGCUUCAACUACAGGUGCAUCGCAUCGAGUGCGCUGUCAAAUUACAGGCCUGGUGGCGCGGCACAAUGGUGCGACGCGGCCUGGGACCCUUCAAGAAGAAGCCAAAGCGCGGCAGGCGGCCAAAACAAAAAAAGUAA